AUGUGCUAUAUGCAAGAGAAUCUACCAGCUCAAUUAUCAAAUUUGCGACGUUUUCGAAAGAAAUUGGUUUACUUGAAGCAAAAGGUUCAGAGUGCUUUGAAGAACUAUCAUGAUCAACAGGAGCGGUUGUGGUCGUCGCUUAAGCAGAAUGCACCAGAUCUUCACAAUCAUUUGGAAUGUGUUGCGCAGAAAAUGAAAGAGUUGAAUUACCUUAUAGCCGCUCAUAAGCUGACAUUUGCAAUAUCAAAGAUUAAGAAAGUAAUAAAUGGUUCUGACUUUUUUUUGCUAUAUGACAAUAUUCAAUUCCUGAAACAGAACGCUAAUUCGGAUUUGAAAUUGGAUGAAAACGAAGCUAAAAACAUUGAUAAAAUGAGGAGGCAGCUGAUCAAUGAAACAGAACAUCUUGUUUCUGGUUCUCUUAGAAAUUUAUUGAAGAAAAUUCGUUACCCACUUGAAGAACCUGUUGAUCUGAAAACUCAUGAGAAGCUAAUUCAGCAAAUCGCUACUUUGCUGAAAUGUAUCAGUAUUCUGGAUAAUGGUAUUGUUACUUUACACUGUGACAGAUCAAAACUUUUGACUGAACUAGUUGGUCCAGUGGAGAGGCGAUUCCAAUUCCACUUUUUCACGGAGCAGAAAACAAAUGAUUCAUCUAAACCAGAAUGGUUUUUUACGCAAAUACUCACUUGGAUAACAGCAAAUGUUGAUCUGAUUAGCUCCAUUUUGCUACUAAUUGUUAAGAAUGAUGCUGAACGAAAUGAAAUGGUGAAUGAAUAUGUGAAUAAGCUAAUGAAUUUAGCACAGAAAAAAGUGCAAAAUAUUGUUAAAGAAGUACAAGACGAUCCUGAAUUGUUCUCUCAUCUUAUUGAUGAGUGUGUUGCCUUCGAAAACGAGUUGCAGGAUAUUGCUAUUCCGAUACGUCCGGGUAAUGUGCUGGUUGUUUUGUGUGAAGAUAUUUAUUUACUAAAAUGGCUACAGCUCGAACGUGAGAGCUGUAUUGCAGGAGUAGAAAAUGUGCUUUGUGGAGAGGAUUGCUGGAACAACCGAUAUCACACCUUUUCAGAUGUCGAUAUGCAACAAGCACCGGAAUGUACCGAUCAAUUCUUGUUGAUGAUUGAAUCAAUUACAGAACGUUAUCGUUGGAUAGAGAGUUUGGAUGUGCAGUCACAGUUCCUGAACGUGCAGAUCUUCAUGUUGGAUGAUUUCCGGCUACGUCUCGUACAUAUCUCUCAACAGCUUGGCUCUCCAUGGGAAAAACCCUUUAUUCAGAUCUUAAACUCUGCUUGGUACUUAGCUUAUGUGUUGGAUGAAUGGAAUGAAGUGGACAUAUUCAUACGCAUUCAAGCGCUUGGAAAGAGAACUCAUUUUCGAGGUGUUUUCGAAGAUGUAGCCAAUAUGUAUAGGCAUUUAUGGCGGCAAAAGGCUGAAGAUCUCACAGCUGCAUUCUACCAACAUAUCCGUGCCUCACUGAGUCGUUAUCAACGUGAACAAUGGUAUUCGUGGGAAGCAAGUAAACCAUUCGAUCUGACUCCUUCAUUUUGUCCGUUUCUGCUAGAAGUACGCCGACUACUUGGACAUGUUAAUAAGGCUAUAUCGCCUCACUCAGCUACUAAACUUUAUGAAAUGCUGAAUGAAAAAGUAGCGGAAGUGUUGCUUCAAAUGCUUACAACUAUAUCACUCAAUGGAUAUGGAGCUGCACAGAUACUUUAUGAUGUAACGAAUAGUCUCAUUCCUGUGCUUAAUUCUCUCUACAAUCAUCAUACUAACGCUAUUAACCUAGAAACACUCGAUGAACCGAAAUUCGUCGAAGUCAUAUCAUGCUUGAAAAUAUUAUCUCAGUCUACGGGUACAGCAAUUCUUUUGUACGAAGAGCUGAAACGAACAACGGAUAAUUUGACGCCAUCUUUACUUGAACCGUUUGAUGCAGCAACAAUAGAACGUGAACGAGCAUUAGAACUGUUAAAACGUCGUUCGGAUUUGCAGUUGACAAGUGAUGAAACCGUGAAGUUUUAA